AUGGAUUUCGCUUCGCUUAUGUCGAAGGAGAUCUCCAAGGCCAAAGGAGGCGACGCCAAAGAUUCCGGCAAAGGGUCCACUACAGCGCCAGCCAAGAAAUAUCUACGACGAGGCGAGGAGGAAGUUGCGCGAGUUGAAGCCUACCACAAAGAACAAGAACGGAUAGCCCGCGAACGCGAAGAGCGCAAUCUAAACAAACGCAAGCUUGACGAAGAAGAAGCCGACCGAAAUCGCGAACGGGAGGAAAAGAAACGACGGCUCGCCGAGGAAUCAAAAGCGAAACGAGAACAGGAAGAAGCAGCCAAAGAACGUGAGAGGCGGCGGAAGCUGGGUCUUCCUGAGCUGGUGGAGGAUAAAGUCGAAGGCGAUGAUGAGGAGGAUAUCGAAGAGGAGGAGCUCACGCAAAAAUUACGAGAUAUGGAGGCACCUAUACGGUUGUUUGGAGAGGAUUACCGGGCACGGCUCCGACGAUACCGCCGUCUAGUUCAACGGGCUGCCAUUCCUAAGAAGAAGGUCACAGAUGGACCUAUUCCCACGACAUUGGAGCCUGUGUCUGGUGGACAGAUGAUCAUCCCCUCGAAGAUCCCGAAGGAUCAGGAGAAUCGUUUGUUCCUUUUCCGCCAGCUGGGGUCUUAUUUCAAUAUGGUUUUAUCAGAGUGGGAGCUCGCAUUGGCGAAGCGCGAUGUGACAGUGCGUGAAAGUUUCCAGGGCAAGCAAGCAUACGGAGCUAUGACUCAGUCGCGCGAGAACAUGACCCCAUUAUUCCGUCUCUUCGAAAAGGCAGAUUUGGAGGAUGGGCUGUUGGAACCUAUCGUUGAGAUCGUGCACAAGGCACAGCAGCGGCGAUAUGUUGAUGCCAACGAUGCUUAUCUCCGAGUUAGCAUUGGUAAAGCAGCCUGGCCCAUCGGUGUUACAAUGGUGGGUAUCCACGAACGUUCUGCCCGAGAAAAGCUGCACCAGAGCGAUCAACAAGCGCACAUUCUGAGUGAUGAAAUCACCCGCAAAUACCUACAGAGCAUCAAGCGCUGCCUCAGUUUCGCGCAAGUUCGUUGGCCCCCAGAGGAUCAGUUGCAGAUCAUGGGCUAG